GUACCACUGGUGGUACACGUACCACAGAUUGGGAACUGCCUUUCUAGAGGCUGUGUUGCCUCUGUUGGCCCUGAAAAAUGUGGUGUUUGUAACUGCUUGUGAAAUGUUGUUAUCAGCCUUGUCUCUUGGCAUCUUUAAUUUCAAGCCACAAUGUGCCUCAUCUGUGCUUGCCUUAAGUUUCUUAUCUCACUUUCUGCGUGAACUUCUGUUCUGUUUAGCUCAGUAGUCUUUCCCUAGUCCAAGACUAGAUCCUCAUGAAGCUCUCCCUGAACAUCUGUCCUGCUGUUGUGCACUCACAAGCAGAGGCUUUCCUCUCCUCUUUCAGUUUAGUCCAGGAUGGCAAAAUUCCUGCAGAUUGUUUGUUCCCCUAUUUCCUUUAUGUUCUUCCACGUUUCUCUCCAAGCACCAUAUAACUCCUCCCCUUCCUGCCCUAAGCCACCUCUUACUCUCUCUGGAUGCAUUGUGCAUCUCUGGGUGCAAGACAUCUUAUGUUCAUCCCAGUUAUCUGUUUAACUGCUUACACUUCUUCCCUUGCAGUUUAUAGGUGUUUUGUUUAACUUUUGACUAGGUUCUGCUCUUAAAAGUGUUUGAAUAUUUAAGCACUUCUCUCAUCUGCAGCUGUCUUCCCUCUGCCAGGUCACUGUACUUUUCAAACUCCUCACACAUGUGGUCCUUCAUCUCUUUCCAUAGGAGCCCCACAAACACCCCAGAAACUUAAACUAUGUCUGUGUAUCAGGUGUGAAAGCACCUAAUGCACUAGGUGGCAGAACUUUGUUUAAAGAAUCUGUAUAGAUGUUUAGCUUUCCACCCAGUUCCUCAGUCAGGGUUCCUACUUUCCAUCCUUCAUCCUGGGACUGCAAGUACCACUUCUUCCUAUGCAGAAGGUCCUCUUGCAUUUAGCUUAGUUACCUGGUGUCUCCUUCCUCUGUGUUCCAUUGCCUCGUAAGAUGGUGGAGGCUGGUUGAUGAUAUAAAAUCAUUCAAUCUCAUAAAAAGUCCAUUGUCUUGAGUAAAGUUUGUCUUCUGCCUGCCUCCUUUAUCUGCAAGGUCUUCAGUGAGUGGGGGAGGAGCAAGAAGGACAGUCAAGGCACAGAGGUCUUGUGGGGUAGCCCAAAUCCUACUACAGACUGAAUGGGUUUUACUUAAAGUCUAGUUUGGGCAUAGGCAGAGUGCACUGUCCCUAGCAUGUGACUACAUUCCUCAAACCUCUUCCAGAUAGACUUGUAGCAUCUUUAGGGUUGUAUACCAGCAGCAUGAAAAUGAAUCUGCAAGUAGCAGAUAAGGAGAAAACUUCAUCCCCAGGCUCUUCAUUUCUAUGUGCCCUGCCUACAGGUGAACUCUCUCCAGUGUCCCUCAGAUGUAUAGUUUUCUUGGAUAACUGUAAGGAAUGCAACUGAAUGAAGCAUUCUGGGAGGGUUUCUGACUCUUUAUUUUGGCUUUGUAGGUGGAGUGGCCCCACAAGACCCAGCAGGUCCUGACUGGUGACAAACAGCUGUCAUGAUCUCUACAGCACCUCUCUACAGUGGGGUGCACAACUGGACCAGUGCUGAGCGGAUUCGCAUGUGUGGCCUCAACGAGGAGAGGAGAGCCCCGCUUUCUGAUGAGGAGUCUAACACGAGCAGCUCCAAGCACUUGGGGUCUCAGGAGUUUUGCGUUGGCAGCAGCCUUUCCAAGGUGGAGCUCACAGCAGUCAGCAGUAGUGGCAGCAAUGCCCAGGGGCUGGAUGCAGAUGGCAGUGUGGAGGAGAAGCUGGGGCCUAAGCUGGAAGAACAGCCACCUGAUCCGAAACCAAACCCAGAGUGUACUGGGAAUGUGGUGAAAGAUGAUGCUGUGCCAUUUCCUCUGGCAACUCAGGAAGAUGAGAGAGGGUUGGAGCCUGCAAUCUCAGCAGCUGCAGAUGAGAACAACAGUGGGAUCAACCCUACACCCACAAGCCUCCCUGCUGACAAACAGGCUGAUGGGUCACCUGCCUGUCCCAAGGCUCCAGACAGUGAGCAUGCCGAGAAAGAGAAGAGCACACUCAGUGCUGGAGCACAGGGGGCAGGAGUAUCUGCAGUGGGGACCCCAUCUUUGGUUGCUUCCAGUUGCAGCACUCCUGCCUCCAACCCAGCCACCUUCACCCUGAACAGAGUGUGUUUUCCCACAUCUCAGGCUCCUGCUAUGCAAAAAAUGCCCCUGUCCUUUCAACCUGGGGCAGUUCUGACACCAAGUCAGCCCCUUGUAUACAUCCCACCCCCCAGCUGUGGGCAGCCACUUAGUGUGGCUACACUUCCAACCACCCUAGGGGUCUCUUCCACACUCACCCUUCCAGUCCUGCCCUCAUACCUGCAUGAGCGCUGCCUGCCAGGGAUUAUUGCACCCCCAGAGCUGCACUCAUAUCCCUAUACCUUUUCUGUGGCCAGACCCUUAGCUCCAGACUCCAAAGUGGUGCCUGUGGAGGUAAACCAGCUAAGCUGCUCUUCCCCUUCAGCUGGAAGUGGUACUCAGCCUGCUGCUGAAGGCCCUUCCCCUGCCACAGAUGGCUCUUCCCUUCCUCCCAGCCAGCCUUCCCUGCCUGCAUCAUGUGGAAGUGCAGCCCCACCAUCAGGCACUGUUCUGCACACCAGGGCCCCAGGGGCUCCAGAGCAGCUUGCCCAAGGAGCUACAACUUCUCUUUCACCAUUGAAAUCCCCCCCACAGCUGGAGCGUGAGAUGAUCUCUUCCCCAGAGUGCAGUGAGAUGCCCCUUGAUCUGUCCUCUAAAUCCAACCGCCAGAAGUUGCCUCCACCGAGUCAGCGCAAAACACCUCCUAUGCCCAUCCUUACUCCUGUGCACACCAGCAGCAAGGCACUGCUCACCACAGUCCUGUCCAGGUCCCAGCGAGCAGCCCAGAGCACAGGCAGCAAUGUCACUUCAUGUCUGGGCACCACCCCUCCCUUUGUAAUUUUCCCUGAGUUCCUGCGUAAUGGGGAACAGGGCUCCUGGGUGAAAAACUCCACCACACUCAUUAGCACCAUUCCAGGCACCUAUGUGGGAGUGGCAAAUCCAGUGCCUGCAUCUCUGCUGCUUAGCAAGGACUCUAAUGUUAACUUCAGCAGGGACCCACAGCACCUCCCUAAACAGGAACCCAUUUCCAUCAUUGAUCAGGGAGAGCCCCGAAAUGCUGGGCCACCCUGUGGGAAGAAAUCCAGCCAGGCUAGUUUGGAGGUACAGCAGGACCCAACUAGGCGAUUCCUUCAUGGCAGAGUCACUCCAGGGGCAUCAUUGUGCCCAUCCAAGGAACUGUCUCCUUGGAAUCCUGGUCAGGGAAGUGUUUAUCCCCGAUGCCCAGUAAAUGGGAAACCUACUAGUCCCCAGCUUCUGCCUGUUGGGUGGUCUCCUUAUCACCAGACCCCUCUGCUUUCAAUUGGCAUCUCUACACCUGGACAGCUGCCCCCAAAUCAGAGUGGCCCUUCCAAACCAUCCAGUGCAGGUGAACUUCCCACAUUUCCCAGCAUGCAGCCUGCAGAAUCCAGCACAGCAGCCACCAAGGCUCCUGAGGGGCUGCCCAGGCUUCCAUCUCUAGAUCAGGAAGCCCAGUCCAAGAGCAAGAACUGCAGGGCCUUGCCCAAGCUCUACGAGGAGCCUAUGAAUCCAGUUCCCAUGGGUACAGCUCUAUCGCCUCAAACCAAUGCUGUGGAUGCAAGGGGAGAAAAGGGGAGGCCAGAAAGCCCUUCAAGGAGCCAGGAGUAUGGUGAACCAAAGGCUGAAUCCAGCAAUGAAAGCAGUGGACAAACUGAAGUUCCCCAGGGGAGCUGUAGCCUCAAGCAGGUAGACACAAAACCUAAAAGUCAAGUAUUAGCUGCCUACUUGUCACAUGACCUGCCCAUAGCCAAUCAGCAGAGCCUGCGAGCUUCCUAUGAGCUGCCUGUGACACCUGUGGAGGGGCAGCACAAGGAUCUGGACUGUGAGGCAUCCUGGGAGCAACCAGCCUCUGAGGCCCCACAGUGCGUGCACCAGGUGGACCUGUGCAGGGUGAAGAAGGAGCGAGCAGAAUGUGACAUGCCAUUCACUUCUGUGGCUUGUGUGCAACCCGGGGCUAUUCCCAAGGGCUUCACUGAUGCCAAAUUCAAAGGAACGGGCCAAAUUAAACAGGAGGUCAUCAUACACUGCAAGUCCAAGCAGCAGCAUGAUGGGCCAGCUAAAGAGGCCCACAAGAGACUGAAAUGCAGAGCCCAAGAUGGAGAGGAGACUCCAAGCAAGCCAGGGAGCCGAAACCUGCAUGGACGCAAGUGGCGAAAGCAUCAUGAUGACCUGCAUGACAGCAGCAAACGAGAAAGCCGGGUAGGCCUGGCAUCAGUGAAAGAGCACAACAGCCUCAGGGUGAAGCGCAAACGCAGGAGGCCAGCAAAAACAGAGGUUCCAACACCAGGUCAUCCUGGGGAUAACAACGAGGAAGGUUACCUUGAGAAGAAACCCAAGAACAAUUUCCGGGACUUCAUCCCAGUUGUUCUGAGCAGCCGGACACGCAGUCAAUCAGGAAGUGCUGGUGGCUCCUCUGCUAGCAUGACAGGAGAAUGUGAUGUGACUGGCCAAGAGAUCUUACCACUGCUGGAGGAUGAGCAGGAGGAGGAGGAGGAUGAAGAGGCAGAGCCAUCCUUGAAACACCGCAAACUGAGGAAAUCCCAUAGGACUUCUCGUUAUCACAGCCGCAGAGCCAGAGACCAGUCUCUGUCAGAGAGAAGUAGCUGCCACCUGAGGAGGACUCGGGAGCUGCCGUGGAGAGUGGAGUCACCAAGACAGCUAUGGGAUCUCAAUGAGGAGGAAGAGGAGGACAGCCACAUCAAGAGGAAGAAGAGGAGACGGCAGAAAAGUCGGAAAUACCAGACGGGGGAGUACUUGACUGAACGAGAGGAGGAGGAACACACGAGCCUCUCCCACAAGAGGCGGAAAUUGAAAGCAGAUUUCAGGUACCGAAAGCAGAAGGACUCUGUACAAGGCAAAGGCACAGGGCUACGAUUGAGAAGCAGGCUUUCUCCAUCCUCUCUGAAGUCCCAAGGGCGCCCAGAUUUCCGAAACGGCUUCCUUCUUGAUCACCCAGACAACUCCUCCAUCCAGGAAGCACUAGAGAAACCAUCAGGAAAACGCAAAUGCAAAACCAAACAUCUGGCAGGGCUCUGUGAGGAAGGGAAGGUGAAAGGGCGAUGGAAUCAGCCCAAGGUGCGCUCUCUGAAAAAGUCCCCAGAGCUCUGGUCACUCUGUAAGUCACAGCGGGUCAGCCCAGAGAGCUCCUCUGAACUACCCGUAUCUCAGCAUGUCCCUCCUGAAGCUCGGCGGCUGAUUGUAAACAAGAAUGCUGGGGAGACUCUCCUUCAGCGAGCGGCACGGCUUGGCUACAAGGAUGUGGUGCUGUACUGCCUCCAGAAGAAGAGCAGUGAUGUGAACCACCGUGAUAAUGCUGGUUACACUGCCUUGCAUGAAGCCUGCGCACGAGGCUGGAUUGAUAUCCUGCACAUUCUGCUAGAACAUGGAGCCAAUGUGAACUGCAGUGCCCAGGAUGGCACAAGGCCUGUGCAUGAUGCAGUGGCAAACGACAACCUGGAAACCAUGUGGCUUCUACUUUCAUAUGGUGCUGAUCCCACUCUUGCUACCUACUCGGGGCAGACAGCCAUGAAACUGGCCACUAGUGAAGUGAUGAAACGCUUCCUUAGUGAUUACCUCUCAGAUCUCCAAGGGCGCACUGAUGGAGACCCUCAGACAGCAUGGGACUUCUACAGCAGCUCUGUACUUGAGGGAAAGGAUGGGAUUAGCUGUGACCUUCUGCUCAAUCCUCCUGGAAAUUCGGAUCAAGAAGAAGAACAAGACUCCGACACAUUCAUGUUUGAGUUCUCAGACAAGCCUCUGCUUCCCAGCUACAACCUCCAAGUGUCAGUUUCCCGAGGGCCCUGCAACUGGUUUCUCUUCUCUGAUGUUCUCAAGAGGCUGAAGCUUUCUUCCCGCAUCUUUCAGGCUCGCUUCCCGCACUUUGAAAUCGCCACCCUGCCCAAGCUGGAGUUCCAGCGGCAGGUGUCCCUCAGCCAGGUGCUGGCCCAGGAAGAGUUGCAGGAGACCCCAGAGCCACUUGCUCAGGGUGCUGCAGAGACAGUGGAGCUGGUGCGAUAUGACCCUGAGCUGCUGCAGCUGUUGGGCUCAGUGUUGGAGUACCAGGCCUGGAGCAGCUGACGGGGAAUGAAUCUUUCCCUGCAUUAGACUGCAUCAUGAGGCAAUAAUAUGGACCAGUGGGAAGCAGCCUUCUCAAUGCCAGCAGCAGGGACGCGGAGUCUUUGGCCAAUUCGUUUUCCUUUCCUUCUGGCGCCUAAGCUGUAAAUGGGGAGAGAUGCCACUGAUCUCCAAGGAUUUCCCUGGGUCCCUUUGUGAUGAGCAGCAGCAGCAAAUGCAGCUCUCUGCUAGCCCUUUCCAGCUAGGGCAAGCAGCUGGGCCCCACCCACGGGGCUGUACUAGCUGGGUUCCUGGCUAGAUAACCAGCUACAGGCUCUACUGAAGUGAGUGGUAGUGGGUGCUUCUGCCCAGCCCUGCCCCAACCCACCCUGCCCUAUGGAACCAUCUCUCUUUCUGUCUGCCCUCCCCUUCCCAAUGUCUUCCAUAGUAUUUAUUUAAUUAGUAUUUAAUUUGUAAUGUUUUCUUUGUUUCUGCUGAGUCUGUAUCACUGUGAUGAUGUGAGCCCUGGGCUAUGGGAAGAGGGCUUCCUCAGAUCCCGUCCCAGCCCCCCCCCCAACACUCCCAGACGAUCCUGCUCUUCUAAGAGCAGAUACCUCCCAGACUACAGACCUGGCAAGUCAUGAUAUCGAAGGGACCAGCUCUCACAACUGACACCAAGUUGAGCAAUGGGUCUUGUGGGCUGCCACCCCCCCCCACCAGUUUUGGAGCUGGCUUCUGCUGGGGCCCUUCAUCAAUGAGGCCAGCUGAGAGCCAUGCCUUCCCCUCCUCACCCCCAUGUUUCAGGCUCCCCCAACCACCCCCCAGGCUGGUUCAUACAUUUCACUCAUGCCACUUGUCUCUGGAUUCCCUUGAGCUGCUUUACAAGAGCCAGCUGCAGCCCAGGAUUCUGAGCAGCUCCUAAGCCCAAGGCAGGGGGGACUCCAGACACUUUCUAUCCUUGUGGCCUACACGCAGAUGGCCCAUGUCCUCCCCAUGUGAUGUGUCUGCACCAAACAGGCCCUUACAUUCCCACCCUGCACACAUCCCUUUCUUCUGUUUUAUAGGAGCAGUUCUACUGGAGAGAGCUGGCUGGAGGUGGCAGGUGCCUGCCCCCGACAGGAGCGGAGCAGGGCUGCGCCGCUGUAUGUAGAUGGUACAGUUUUAUUGUACAGGUGCUAACAAGGACUCUAAGGACUGGACAAUCUGUUUUCUGGCUCUCCUCUGCCCAGCAGUGGGAAUGUUGGGUGGAUUUUUUUUCUUUGUGUUGUGUUUCUUCCCAGCCAGGGCAGUUGUAGCCCCACCCCUUGGACCCCCUGGCUGUCUGCCUCCCCAUCCUUGGGAACAGACAGCUCCUUUUUUUAAGCCGAGGGAUUUUGCCUUUGGGUGUGUAUUCUGGCUGCUCUUUCUGAUUUCUGUUUUAUUAUAAGCAACAGGCUGUGGUGUCAAAAACACUUAUGUACAGAAAAACCUGCAUCAGG